GCACGUUGGGUCGCGAGAGCAGUAACCGCGUGGACCUCUUCGUCGUUCCGUGGAAAAUGAGAGAGGGGCGGGAGGGAACCUACGUCGGGGAGACGAAGGGAGGCGUGCGUGAGGGCAGGGGGCGGCUUGUGUGGUCAAACGGGGACACAUACCUGGGAAACUUCCACAACGGACUCCGACAUGGUCAAGGAGUCUUCGAAUCGAAACGAGGCAUUCGGUACGAGGGCGAAUGGCGCGUCAGCCGCCGGCACGGCGAAGGGUCCCAGGAGUGGCCCAGCGGAGAACGGUAUAAUGGGGGCUGGAGAAACGACACGCCGGACGGCCGAGGCACCUGGCUGAAACGCGGCGGAAGAUACGCCGGUGAUCUGCGGGAAGGGGUGAAGCACGGCAAGGGUGUCCUGAAGCUCAGGAACGGGGGAGAGUACGACGGCCAGUGGGCCCGAGGACGGAUGGAAGGCUUCGGGGUCUACAUCUGGCCCGACGCUAGGAUCUACAAGGGGGAGUGGGAGGCCGGCCUGAGGCACGGGGAAGGGACCCUCUCUUUGCCAUCCGGGGAGAGGUACAGCGGGCAGUGGAAGGCAGGGAAGAAGCACGGGGAGGGCGUGUGGAGGUGGAGCAACGGACGAACAAGGUGGCGUGUGGUGUGUUGGCGUGCACGGGUGUUGAGGAAGGCUGACACGUUGCUUGUAGGAAAAGCCUCGCAAUGCCUCCGGCGGUGCCGGUACAUGCUUGGUUCCCUGCCUUGUCUGGCCGCAGAACCCCCCAGCCCCGCCCCGGUUUCGCAAUGA